AUGAGUGAGACUCCUUCUACUAGUUUUUCUACUGUCUAUCGGACUUCCGAAGGCCAAGUUCCUUCAUCUCGCCAUUUAAGCAUCACUCAUCCUGUUGUGGCCAAACGGAUCAUCUUCUACAAGAGCGGAGACCCCCAAUUCCGCGGUGUCAGGGUGGUGGUGAACCCUCGUUCCUUUAAGACCUUCGAUGCUUUGCUGGACAGCCUGUCGGGAAAGGUGCCCCUGCCUUUUGGGGUGAGGAACAUCAGCACCCCUCGGGGAAGGCACAGUAUCACGAGGCUGGAGGAGCUGGAGGAUGGUGAGUCAUACCUGUGCUCCCAUGGUAGGAAGGUACAGCCAGUUGACCUGGACAAGGCUCGCCGGCGCCCGCGGCCCUGGCUCAGCAGCCGCUCUGUCAAUACGCAUGCGCCCCGCCGCCCGGCCGCACCAGCGGCUCCCAGCAUGCCCCGCGCCCCGCGAAGGCUUCUGGUCUUCAAGAACGGCGACCCACAGAGCAGGCGCGUGGUUCUUCUGAGCAGGCGGGUCACCCAGAGCUUCGAGGUCUUCCUGCAGCACCUGAGCCAGGUCAUGCAGUGCCCGGUGGCCAAGCUGUAUGCCACUGAUGGGAGGAAGGUUCCUAGCCUCCAGGCAGUGACUCUAAGCUCUGGAGCUGUGGUGGCAGCAGGAAGGGAACCAUUUAAACCAGGAAAUUAUGACAUCCAAAAGUACUUGCUUCCUGCUAAAUUACCAGGGAUCUCUCAUCGUGUGCACCGGAAGGGAAAUGCUAGGGCAGAAAGCAGAAAGACGAGCACACACAUGUCUUCAAUGCCAGGAUCCCAGAUUUAUUCUGUCUCUUCUAACAAAACACAUGAUUUCUACUCAGACUAUUCUUUUGUUCCUGAAAACUACUUGGCCUUAGAAAAACAUGAUUCUCAGAACUUAUCAAUAUAUCCUUCUGAAGACGAUAUUGAGAAAUCAAUUGUUUUUAAUCAAGAUGGUACUAUGACAGUUGAGAUGAAAGUUCGAUUCAAGAUAAAAGAGGAGGAAACCAUAAAGUGGACAACCACUGUCAACAGAGCUGGUCUUCCUAAUAAUGAUGAAAAGAAUGAUAUAAACAGUUUUCCAGGAAGAACAGAUGAUCGAUCAUCUAGUUUAAAACUUACAGCAUGUUCCUUGUCUGCUGAUGUCUCAGGCAAUAAUCAAGAGAGCAGUUUGUCAACGGAAAUAAAUACACAAGUGACAGAUGGAGAGGCUGAUACUUGUAGUUCUGCUAGUUGGGAGAAUGCUGCUACGGGCACAGGUAACAUCCAGGAAAGUCAGGAUCAAGUGAAGCAUCAUUUUUAUAGGCCUCCUACACCUGGACCAAAUAGAGUGAGACAAAAAAAGUCUGUGAUAGGGAGUGUGACCUUAGUAUCUGAAACAGAAGUUCAGGAGAAACAGUUUUCCUAUAGUGAAGAAAGGGAAGGUGGGGAAAACAAAUCCGAGUAUCACAUGUUCACACAUUCUUGCAGUAAAAUGUCAUCAGUAUCUAACAAACCAGUACUUGUUCAGAUCAGUAACAACGAGCAGAUAGAAUCAUCUUUAGAAAGAAAAAAGGAAAGCAGACUCCUGAAGUCAAGUGCAAUAAGUGCUGGUGUUAUAGAAAUUACAAGUCAGAAGAUGUUAAAGAUGUCCCAUAGUAAUGACUUAGCAUCAGCAAUAUCAGAAAAAUCAACUGUGGAAGAAGGUGUAGUUGAUAGUGGAAUAUCAGACAACAAAACUGGUAUCCAGAACUUUGGAACUUACGAUAAUUCCAAUGAUAGAUUCAGUCCUUUUUCAACAGGUGCAACUCACUCUUUAAGAAGCAGCACAGGAACUGACAAAAUUAUUUCUGAGGCUCCAGCUUCAGUAGGAUCCUCUACAGAUAGCAUAAGAAUUAACAGACUAAUUAAUGAUUUUGCUCAGUGUGGUUUAACAGAACUUACAAAAAGUGGAAAGCAGAUUUUGUCAUCUGUUACCAGCAAAAAGAAGAAGAAAGCUCACCAGCAAGUGAUAAAUUUCAGGUAUCAGGAUGGGAAGAUUGCAACCAAAGGAGUCUCUAACAUGAGUCUGAGAGUAAACAGAAGAGGUAGAAUUGCACAGAAAACCAUAUUGCAAGAUUCUGACAGUUCCCGUAAAAGGAAUAUACUUUGUGAGGAGGACCCCCAUACAAAUGAUAUGGUAAUUCAACCAAAUCUCAGUCCCACAAUUUCAAAGAAUUUCCACAGAAGUAAAUUAAAUACUAUUCAAAAUCUUAGGGUUCAGGGACUUUUAACCAAAAGAAAAUCCAGGACACUAAAGAAAAUAAGCUUAGGAGGACCUAGAAAAAGAGAAAUUCAUCAAGGAGAUAAAGUAUUUCCCUCUAAUGAAUCAAAAUAUUUCAAAAGUACUUUGGAAAAUCAAAGUUUAUUUCAUGUGUCUAGCGUUCUUGAGCAAAAUCCAAAAGCUUUUCAUGGGCCAAAGUCUCAAGCAGAAGUGACAUCUAGAAAUUUGAGAGGAAUGGUAAAAAAGAGUUUAGUUCCAAAAUCUAAUGAUUCACAUAUAACUUUAAAAAGCCAGAAAAAGCAAAAAAGGGAUACAUUGAAAUCAGGUGCUAUUGUAAGUAAACAACAUGCUAUAACCAGGGAAAAUUCUUUAGCUUCUUUGAAAAAAUCUGGUUUUCCUGAGGAUAUUUCCCACUAUUCAGUUCAAAAUUACAUACAGAGAUGGUUGCACAACAUAAAUCCAUAUCCAGCUUUACCUAGAAAGUCAGCCCCAUCAUGCAAAAAUGAAAGGAGUGUGGUAACUUAUAAUAGUAAUGAUUUUCCAGGAAAUAAUCCUCAUACAAAUUCUGCAAAAGGAAAUAACUUUAUUAUGGAAGGUAAUAAGCACAUAAACAAAAAUGCCAGUUGGAUAGGAAGUAAUCUAUGUAAAGAACAAUGUGAGUCUCUAAUUAUCAAAGAUAAUGGUGAAGAAAUUAAAAAAGAUCCCUGUGACAGCCAGGAUGGAUCUCUUAAUGAUGCCUACUUGAUUUCCCUGCAUGAAUAUUGUACUAUGUCACAGUCAGCUAUUAAUGAUUGUAACACUAUAAGUCAGAUAUCUGCUGAAAAGUCAGGACCAAAGGCAGGCUUUGUUUAUCAAGAAAUAAACCUAGCUCCAAAAGGGCAAAGUGUAGAGGCUGCCAUUCAAGUAGAUCCUAUGGAAGAGAACGCUCCAAAAGACCUCUUACCAGUCUUGUUGCUUAACCAACUGCAAGCUUCAGUUUCUAGUGUUCACAAGUCUCAGAAUGGAGUUGUUCAAAUGCCAGGUUCACUUGCAAAUGUUCCCUUCCCUUCUGCAAUAUGUAAUACAUCCACUAAUCUCCUUCUCGCUUGGCUCUUGGUGCUCAACCUAAAGGAAAGUAUGAAUAGUUUCUGUCAAGGUGAUGCUUGCAAGAUUACCAACAGAUCUUCUGAAAUACUUGCAUUGAUGGAGGUUCUAAAGCAUAUUGCCAUUACAGAGGAAGCGGAUGACUUGAAGAUGGCUGUUGCUAAUUUAGUGGAAUCAACCACAAAUUGCAGCGAGCCCAGUGACAAAGAACAAGAUAUAUUGCCAGUAGAUCUUUCUGCAAAUUGUACCAUAGCCAACAUUCAGAGAGUUCCUAAGUGCAAUGAAAAUGAAAGAACACAGAAAAUCUUGUUGGGUGGAGGCUAUUCUGCCAGUGAGGGCUGUGACUUUGAGUUCUGUGUUUCAGCGUUGUCUAGCAAGUCACAUGAUUCUCCAUGUGAGAUUUGCACUGUAAAUAAGACUUAUUCUUCAAAAGAGAUGUGUAACUCCAGUGACACUUUUUUCACUGGUGAUGGUUGUGCCAUCAGUCAGACCUUGAUGGAUAAAGAUAGUUUCUCAGGAGAGGUCUGUUUAGUUACUGAUGCCGAGUCUUCCCAUAAGGCUUGUGCUCAAAAGGAGAACCAUAUCAAUGAAGCAGCAUGCCCAAUUCCUGUUCCCAUCAGAGUUUGUAAUACCACGAGCUUUUUAAAUUCCAAAGAAAAUAAAUAUAACCUAGAAUUAACUGAAGAAUUCAAAAGAAUUGAUGUUCAGAAAGACCUAAAUACUUUGUCAGACCCUGGAAAUAAGAAUGACUUUAACACAUCAGUGUCACAUCAAAAUGCCAGUAACUCAAGCCCCUGUGACCUUUUCCUAAAUAAAGCUGAUCCAGAAUUUGAUGAACAUAAUUCUCUAGAUAAAUUUAAAAAAUGUUCAUUAAAGAAAUAUCAGGAUAAAAAUGCAUAUACAUUCUUUGAUAAGGAAGAAUCAAGGACUUCUGAAGAACCAAGUUCAGUAACCAACAGCAUGACAUCAAGUGAAAGAAAUAACAUUUCAGAAUUGGAAUCUUUUGAAGAAUUAGAAAACCAAGACAGUGGUGUAUUUAACACAAAGGUAAAUGCAGGAGAGCAAGCCACUGAAGACUCAAUCCAAGAAGAGCUAGAGGCUAGUAAAAAUUUGGAGUUGAUAGACAUACCUAACAGGAAUAUAGAAGAAAGAAGAAACAGUGUGAUUUCUGAGACAAUCAGUAGGAGGCAGAUGACACCACCAUCUUUAGUUUUUUGCUAUGAUUCUAAGCAAAAUACUAAAAAGGAGAUUAGUGCAGGAGAAACUAAAAGAGUUAAAAUGAUGGUGAAAAGCAUGGAAAUUGGAAGUUAUUCCAAGUCAUCUCUUGAUUUUAAAAAAUGCUUAAAAAGUCCAGUGACUUCUGACCGGUUGGACUAUAGACCAGACAGUGAGAGUGAGCAGCCGCAUAAAACAUCCAGUGAUGACCACAAUGAUAGUGACCAAGAAAAAGAUUGCAAUCGAGGAUUUGUUAAAAGGACAAUAGAAAAGCUCUAUGGGAAAGCAGAAAUUAUUAAACCACCUUUUUUCCCUGGGUCUAUACACAGAUCUCAAGUUUGCCCUUACAAUUCUGUGGAAUUUCAAUGUGCUAGGAAAGCAAGUUUUUCUGAUACUGAGGGUCAGUCAUUUGGCUCUUCUGAACAGGUAUCUAAUAGUUCACCUAUGUUGCAGGAAUUCCAGGAUGAAAGACAAGGUAAAUGUAAUGGUGUAAGGGCCAGUCAUCAUGGGGGUGACAUUGUGGAACAUGGUGCAAAACGAGUUGAUAUUAACAAGGUCCUUAGAGACAAAGAGGAAGGAGAACUGAUUGACAAAGGCAAGUGGCUUUUGAGAGAAAAUCAUUUGCUAAGGGUGUCAUCUGAACAUCUUGGCAUGUAUGGCAAUGCAGAUACCACAUCACUGGAUACACUACCUGAUAAUAACAGCAUUGAUGUGCCAUAUUCACAUUUUGGAAAUUUGGGUGUAGGCCCAACAAUGGCUGAACUGUCCUCUUCAGAACUGGAGGAAAUGACUCAACCCCUUGAACUGAAAUGCAAUUAUUUUAACUUACCCCAUGGUAGUGACUCUGAGCCUUUCUGCGAUGAUUUUCUAGAUGUUCAGAAUAAAACCUGUGCUAAGGAGAGAGUACCAAAUCACAACACAGAGGAGAAGGGUAAUCAUUUGUCAGAAAGAGUGUGCACAUCUGUCACUCAUGCCUUUACACUUGCUGGUAACAAAGUCCAUCCUGUUUCUGAUGAUACUAUUAAAACCCAACCAUUACCUGUCAGCAAUUUAACUCAUGGUGCACUUCAGGAAGGUGACUCUUUAGAUAAACUCUAUGCUCUUUGUGGUCAACAUUGCCCAAUACUGACUGAUACCCAACCAGUAAGUGAGGAAAACCGAGGCUUUGCUUAUCGCAAAGAUUCUGAUAUUGAAAAUUCCUUGGGUUUCCAUUUAUGGAUGAAAAUAUAUCCAUAUUUGCUACAAUCAAACAAAAACAUGUUCGGGGUUAAGAACAAUAGAGCAAGUAUGAGAAAAGAAUUUGUUAAUGCCACUGGUGAUCCAUUUGAUCUCCUUGAUUUCAAUAACAUGUUUGACAUGAUGGGUAAAAGAAGGAAACCGAAAAGAAUCAACUUGAUGGACUUAGAGGAAGAAAAUAAUUUGAAGAAAUUUCAAUUACAUUUGAAGGAAAGUUUUUGUGUAAAUUGCUUGCACGCAUCAUUGUUAGCUGUGGAUGCUGUGAACUCUGAUAUACAAAAUCGCAGCAAUUGGACAUGUAUCUUUAAAACAGUUAAUGAGAAUAACAAUUUAUUAAAUAGAUUCCAAGGCUCAAGUACAAAUCUAAACCAAGUAGUAAGAGAAAAUAUCAAUUGUUAUUUCUCCUUUGAAGCUCUUGGUCAAGCCUGGUUGUUAGAUAUUUGCCAAGUUGAAACAUCUUUAAAUAUUAUCAACAGAAAUGUGUUAGAAAUAUAUUUUUUUGAGGGUGAAAAUAUUUUCAUUUGGGAAGAG